GGUGGCGGUAAUGCACCUUUAAGCUGGCAUGCCAACCGCCAUUAAACCCAAAAGAAGACCGAACUUACAGUUCAGGGAUCAUGUCGAAAUCUGAUGUUCCGCUCCGGAUCCUGUGUCUUCACGGCUAUCGGCAAAGCAGCGUCUCCUUCCGAGAGAAGACUGGAGCUUUGCGAAAACUUUUGAAAAAACAGGUUGAAUUGGUGUACAUUGAUGCACCACAUAAACUCCACACUAGUAACGACUCUCAGGUGCAAGAGAAUCCUGCCAGUGUGGGUGGUGAUCAGAGGGGCUGGUGGUUCUCUGAUGCCCAGGCUCAUAGCUUUGAUGCCAGACAAGAGAGUGAGAGCAGCUUUGGUUUGGAGCAGAGUCUGGAGGUCGUACAGAUGGCAGUGAAGGACCUGGGCCCCUUUGAUGGCAUCCUGGGCUUUAGUCAAGGUGCUGCCUUGGUAGCUAUGCUGUGUUCCCUACAGGAAAAGAAACUUGACCCUACAUAUAACUUCCGCUUUGCCAUCCUGGUUGCUGGUUUCCGCAGUGCCUGUGACCAGCAUCAGUACUUCUACAAGGGUGUGAAGAUCAUGGUGCCCUCGCUACACGUAUAUGGGCAGGAUGAUAAGGUCAUUCCAGAGCAGAUGAGUCAAGACCUGCUGCGCCUUUUCCAAGGAGCUCACAUACUUGCUCAUCAAGGGGCACGAAGGCAUCAGGGGUCUCGAGAAAUAAGGACCGUGCAGACUGGGUUGGACCCUAACAAUUUGGUGGCCCGUACGGGGAUUACUUCCAAUCAGGGCUCUGUGGUCCUGACAUACACAGAUGAUCUUCUGGUAUCCGCCGAGUCACCGGAAAUCUGCCGAGAUGCAUCCUUGCGCCUGCUCCAACAUCUGGUGCAAAAGGGCUUCAAGGUUUCCAGAACCAAGCUCCAGUUCUGCAAGGACACUGUUAAGUACCUGGGCUUUGAACUUUCACAAGGUUGUCGUAAGCUGUCAGCUGAUCGGGUGCAGGCGAUUCUAGACACAAAACGCCCUGCAACUAAACAUGCACUGAUGUCUUUUCUGGGUCUUAUCAACUACUGCAGACAAUGGAUCCCUGACUGCUCCUCAUAUGACAAGAUUCUCCGUUCUGCAAUCUCUCAUCAAGAUCCACAGCGACAUCCUUUGACCUGGACUGACACUAUGAUUAAUGCUUAUCACUCCCUCAAAAGCGCUCUCUGCUCAGCCCCAGCUCUGGGUUUACCUGACUACUCAAAGCCCUUUCAUCUCUACGCCUGUGAACAACAAGGUACGGUGUCUGGUGUUUUGGCUCAGGAGCAUGGAGGGGGAUUCAUCCGUGUGCGUUCUUAUCUAAAAGAUUAGACACUGUUGCUCAAGGCUUGCCUGCAUGUCUAAGGGCUGUCGCCGCCUGUGCUAUGAUGGUUUUAGAUGCAGAGAAAUUGGUUUUGUCUCACCCACUGAUCUUGUACUCGUCACAUCAAGUUAAACAGGUAUUGCAAAAUUUACAGACUCAACAUAUGACUGCGCAGCGACGCUCCGGAUAUGAAACCAUUCUCUUUUCUACUGACAAUCUCGAAAUUCAUGCCACAUCCUCUAAUACUGUAGGUCACGCUCUCGCACGCCUUCUUAAUUCUCAGGGCGACACUCUGGAGGACACCGAUCAUGAUUGUCUAUCUGAAAUCUUGCAUACUACCAGUAUCAGGCCUGAUCUCUCCUCUAGCCCUCUGGAGACGGGGGAAGUACUCUUUGUUGAUGGCUCUUGUUCUAAACCUUCAGAUGGUGUUUUCCUCUGUGGUUAUUCUGUGUGUUCCCUGCCUGACAUUGUGCACGAGGCCUAUGCUCUCCCUUUCUCUUCCGCUCAGGCAGCCGAGUUGUAUGCAGUAAUGCGUGCUUGUAUUUUGUCUCAGGGCAAGGAUGUCACAAUCUACACAGACUCUCGUUACGCCUUUGGGGUGGCUCAUGAUUUCGGGAAGAUUUGGCAGUCUCGAGGCUUCCACGCCGCAGACGGGAAGCCCAUUUCACACUCUACCUUAGUACAAAACCUUAUUGAUUCUUGUCAUCUCCCUAGGUCACUUGCCAUAGUUAAGACUAAAGCGCAUGCCUAGGGAAACACCCCUGAACUCGUGGGUAAUUCUCUUGCUGAUCAUAUGGCAAAACUUGCUGCUGCUUCUGGUAUCAUGUCUCCUGGCCUAGACCCUUCAUCAUGUAAUACGUCUUGUCUUGCUAGUAGCCUGAUCCCAGAUUUAGACCUUAUUUCUUUACAGGCUUCAGCUUCUCCAAAUGAUUCUGCCUUUUGGCAGUUACAAGGCGCUUAUGUCGCCUCUGAUGGCCUAUGGUACAGCCAGGAUGGCCGCCUUUGUCUUCCAUCACAUUGCCUUCCCUUCCUCGAGCGUGAAUUUCACGGCGUGACACACCGUGCAUGAAGGGGGGUGAAGGGGGACAUGAACAAACUUUUUUGUAUAGCCAAUCUAAACAGUUUGGUGGACUCAAUUCUCGAGAGAUGCCUCAUCUGCGCACAAAAUAAUCCCUCUAAAGCAGUCACGAAACAUGAGUGUUUACCCAUACCUACGUCUCUAUUCCUAGAAUGGCAAAUCGACUUCACACACAUGCCUCCCUGUGGGCCGUUUAAAUAUCUCCUGGUGAUUGUGGACAAAUUCUCUAAAUGGGUAGAAGCCUUUCCGUGUUCUAGAGAGAAUGCGAAGGUAGUUACUCGUAUUCUGGCAAAAGAAAUAAUACCUCGUUAUGGGGUUCCAGAUGCCAUAGACUCAAACAAGGGUACCCCUUUCACCUCAAAGGUCACACAAGACCUUUGUAAGUAUCUCUCACUAAACUGGCAUUUUCACAUUCCGUACCACCCUCAAUCUUCUGGUAUCGUAGAACGUACUAAUAGAACAUUGAAAGACAAACUAACUAAGGCUAUGCAGACCACAGGUUCAAAAAAUUGGGUAGACCUAUUGCCAGCCACACUGGCUGAAAUUCGCAUGACAUCAAAACCUAGUCUCGGCGGCUAUUCCCCCUACGAGAUUAUUUUUGGAUGACCUUUCCCUCUCCCCUGGAGGAAGGGGACUAGUACAAUAUAGUACAAUAGUACAAUAUCAUUUCCACCAUCAGCAAACACACACCCCUUCCAAGUGGGAGACAAGGUGCUGGUGCGACUUUUUAAACGAUUUGGACAAUUGGGAGAACCUAGAUAUAGUGAGCCUGCAGAAAUAGUUGCCAUUACUCGUACUGCUGUUUUAACUGACCUUUUUCCACAGUGGAUCCAUGCCACACGACUGAAGAAGGCUCCAUAACAAAGUUGUGUUACAAUGAUCAGUUUGCUAUUAACGCUUUUUUGUGUCCC